UCUCAUCGGCACAACCAGAAAGCAGUAGCUGAAGCCUCCUUUGGACGUCAGCCGACUCGUGGAAAUACUGUUUUCGUUCUAGAUUAUCCGAAGUCAUCGGGAAAAUUCACGAUGGCUAGGUAUUCCCACGAACCUGAUAAUGCUGUGAAAUCCUGCAAAGCCCGGGGUUCAAACCUCAGGGUACAUUUCAAGAAUACAAGGGAAGCAGCCAAGGCUGUUAGGGCCAUGCCUUUGAGGCGGGCUGUUCGUUUUCUUAAAAACGUUAUGGAAAAGAAGGAAUGUGUUCCUUUUAGGAGGUUCAACGGCGGUGUGGGACGUUGUGCUCAGGCCAAGCAAUGGGGAGUCACUCAGGGCAGAUGGCCAAAGAAAUCUGCCGAAUUUCUCCUCCAACUCUUGAAAAACGCUGAAUCUAAUGCCGAUUACAAGAACUUGGACCCAGACCGUCUUGUGAUUGAGCACAUUCAGGUCAACAGGGCACCACGCCUUCGCAGAAGGACCUACAGAGCCCACGGAAGAAUCAACCCUUACAUGAGCUCUCCGUGCCACAUUGAAGUGGUCCUUACAGAGAAGGAACAGGUUGUACCUAAGGCCACUGAGGAAGAGCCCACUAAGAAGAAGGUUUCUAAGAAGAAGUUGGCCAGACAAAAAGAAAAGAUGAUGAGGGAAUAGGCUUAAUAUAAAUAAAAGCGUUUUACAUUUU